GAGGGAGGAGUGGAGAAGGCAUCUCUCUCUAUAUAUAUACUUGCAGUUGUAUCACCCAGGUAGCAAACCAUAGCUCGGUUUUACUUCAGCUGUACGAAAGGCAAUCUAUUUCCAGAAAAACAAUGAGAAAAAUAGUCUUGUGCGUUCUUGCUGUAAUACUUUGGUCACAAGCUGUGGACGCUCUGGAAUGUUAUCAUUGUCCCAAUGGAGGUCCCAAUUGUUUUACCCAAACCUGCUCUAGUAACCAGGACCAAUGUAUGACCAUAUGGUUUAGAGGAGUUGGAUCCAUGCCACCAAGGUAUGGCAAGAGGUGUGGCACUCUGUAUGAGUGUCAAACUCUGAAUGCAUUUCCACAGUCAGGAGUUAGUGCCAUUUGUUGUGGCUUUGACAGAUGCAACCGUUAGUGUUCCCUUUCAACGGGAGACCUUCUCGAUGACAUCAUUGGCUUCAACUGAUUGCAUUGGAUGUGAUUUGUCUGAAAUUGAAGAGUGAUUUGGAAUGUGCUACCAGUAAUCAAUAAUAAUGGAAAAAUAAAUAAAAUCUUACAUUGUAUGCUGUGAA